UGUAUUUCAUGCAUGAAGUGGUUAAUUCUUGAAAGGAACCCCACUGACAUCAGUCACCUUGUUUUUUCAGGAUCUCCCACAGAAAUGUGUGUGGUUGGAGUUUGAAAGUCCUCAGUAUUUAACAAGAAAAUAAAAAGUUUUGAGUACCUGUAUUAUUAUGACAGGAUUUUGGUAAUGUGCAAUUUUUUUUUUCAGUCUCAAAAAUUCAAUAAGUGUGAAAAGGAUGUUCCUUAGCUAAGCAACAGUGGUAGAUACUACAUGCAUCAAACUGCAUGAGCUACCUGUUGAUAAAAAGACGAGCCACUCUGCAUGUGUUUCUUUCAGCACAGACUAGAUAUGCAGAGAAUGUUUUCUGAAUUGUGAUUCUUCCCCAAGCAAGAUCUAGAGUAUCUUGAACUUGUUCUGGAAGCUAUGACUGCCCCCUUCAAUUUGUUCCUGUUGUUCAGGUGUUUGCUGAGAAGAUGGGUUUGGAGACGGGCUGGAAUUGCCACAUCUCCCUGACACCGAAUGGUGAUGGCCAAGGCUGUGACCUCCCUCCUUCCAGCCCCAGCCAUGCUGGCUCUCUGCACGAUGAUUUGCAUCAAGACUCUCGUGAUGAGGCAGAGGGUCCUCUGCUGUUGGAGGAGGAAGGUCACUCAGAUCUCAUCAGCUUCCAGCCCACAGACAGUGACAUACCCAGCUUCUUGGAGGACUGUAAUCGGGCCAAACUGCCUCGGGGGAUCCACCAGGUGCGUCCCCACUUGAAGAACAUUGACAAUGUGCCUCUGCUGGUGCCCCUUUUCACUGACUGCACCCCAGAAACCAUGUGUGAGAUGAUGAAGAUCAUGCAGGAGAACCGUGAGGUUACCUGCUGCCUGGGAAGCUCAGCUAACUUCAGGAACAGCUGUCUUUUCCUGCAGAGUGAUGUCAGCAUUGCCUUGGACCCUCUGUACCCCUCUCGCUGCUCCUGGGAGACGUUUGGCUAUGCAGCCACUAAUAGCCUAGUGGAUUCGGAGGAGCUCUCCCCUCUGCAGCUGUCCGGCCUCCUCAACAGCCUGGCCUGCUCUGCUUCCUUCCACCAGGAGGAGAGUGUCAGUGUGGUCAAACUCAUUGAGCAGGCUCGCCACACCACCUAUGGCAUCAGAAAAUGUUUCCUUUUCCUGCUGCAGUGCCAGCUUACCCUUGUCAUAAUCCAGUUCCUGGCUUGUCUCCUCCAGCUCCCUCCUCCCAUCAACAUCACUGACCUGCUGUGGCUCUCCUGCUUCUGCUACCCUCUUCUCAGUGUGUCGUUCCUGGGAAAGCCUGCUGACAGCUUGGUGAUGACUGUGGCCACAGGGAAGAACCUGGACUCCAUUCCCAGGAAGACACAACAGUAUUUCCUAGUGUGUUUCCUGCUGAAGUUCAGCCUAACUAUGUGUGCCUACCUGGUGGGCUUUGGCUUCACCCUGGAGGGGUUUUGCAACACUGGCAGUGUGAACUCGACCAACUGCUCCAUCCUUUCCAAGAGUUCUGUUCAGGAUGCCCCCAAGUGGUAUGGGGAGUUCUCCAAUGGUUUGCUGUUGAUACAGAAGGUGAUGGCGGGAUUCCUGGCACUUCACACAGUGGUGAUCUCCCUCAGUCACGUCCACCGCUCCAAACCCCUUUGGAGAAAGAGCCCCUUCAGCAACACCUGGUGGUGCCUGACUGUUCCUGUGGUGUUGCUGGGACAGGUGGUCCAGGCCACAGUGGAUUUCCAGGUGUGGAAGAACCGCCAGUCCUCUGUGACCUUUACCCUGGAAGAUAUCCCCCUGCUGGUGUGGCUGCUGAUGUCAUUGUCUCUGCUGCUGGUGGUGCUAGUGAAUGAGGUGGUGAAACUGCAUGAGAUCAGGGUGCGAGUACGCUACCAGAAGAGGCAGAAGCUACAAUUUGAGACCAAACUGGGGAUGAACUCUCCCUUCUGAGGAUCUUUGAGAGACAGGGAAAGAAUGAGGGACACGGCGUGGCCCUGAGGAGCCUGGAGACUCCCCCCUUUCAUGCUGCAUUGCUGCCUUCACUGGCAGUGAGGGCAGCUGGUCCAAGGCACUUGAGAGCCGCCUGUUUCUCACUCAGCCAGAAAAGAGUCUGCCCCAGCCCUCCUCUGCUCUCCACACACUGAACACUAAUGAUGCCGUGUUGCCAGAGGGAGGAGGGGAGAGUAACGCUGUUGGUAUUUUUACGUGAUAUAUCAUUUUUUUGUAUUUUAACAAUUGUUAGGUUGUAGAGGAAAAGCCCAAAGCAUUCUGACCAAAACCUAUAUUUUGUCUAUAUAAAGGAAAAAAAAAACAGCCAAUGAAUCCAGAAUGUUUUCAGGGGAAGAAUGGGGCUUGGUUCAAAUGCUUGUUCCUUCUUUCCUGUCUUCACUGCCUGUUUACAGCCCCAUCAUGAGGAGAGCUUGAGUACUGCAUGGAGUGGUAAAUGACUGAUGGCAUGAGCCCUGACUCAUGCUCAUGAGCAAGCAGAUUGGGAGAAAGAAACUAAUUUCUGAGCCACGCUGGCCUGAAAUUAGGUCUUUUCCUCUUUAAUAACUGUGCACAGAUUAAUGAGCGCCACUUCAUAGAGAAUGCCUUUUUUGUGAAACUGGCGUUCGUUUAAUACCCGAGUUGUAGCUCUGCGAUCAAGCUUUUCAAACCCCAGUCAGUGAUGCAGUAAAGCACAGCUCUCUGAAAGUUUCACAGUCUACAUACCUCUCCUUUGGUUUGGAAAUACGACUCUUAGCAGGGUAAAUGUAAAAUAGAGCCUUAUACUAUUUUGAAAGCACUGCGUAUUGCUCCUGCAAAUGGUAAUGAAUUUUUCUGUCAUUUUUUUGAUAGAUUUUUACCAUAAAGGGUUGAAGUCUAAAUUACUUCAUUUUCAAAGACGUCUUCUCUCAUGCACUGUUUAUACUGAACUGGGAAUAGUGGUGGCCCCCUCAUCCCAGCUAAAGUGUACAUCAAAAGAUCAUUUCUGUAGCUUUCAACAUUGAGUUUCUUUUCCACAAAGUACCAUAUCUACCUGGGCAUUGUCAAUCAUUUCAUGCGCAUACCCUAGUGGGUUCAGGCUAAGGCUCAAAUCUGGCAGUGCCUCCAGUAAAUUGUACUAUAGAGAUGAAAUGUCAACACAGACUCAAGAUAUGCAUUGAUUUGUCUGAUUGAUGUGUUUUUUGUUGAGGAAUGUUUAUUGUUAAUUUUGUUGCAAAAAAUAUAUAUUUAUUGAUACUGAAAACUUGAGAGAAGUCAUCUUUUGUUGUGUAGUAUUAUAUUUAACUGAAAAUAGAUCAUCACGGUGUUAUUUGCAAAGAAACGGGCAUUGUUACUGCAAGAGCUAUAGCUACCAAAGGGGAAAGUGCUUACAAGCUAAAAACUUGUAAUUUUUGUGUCUCAAAGGUCUUUAGUUGUUGGAGGCUUUUGAGUUCAGUGAUUUGGAUCAGUAGUUGUGGAUCUGUCUUACUGCAACUUUCAAGGAUGUUGUAAAAUAGGUUGAUGUUGUCUUUUAUUUGAAUAUGUUAAAAUUUUAUGAACUUUGAAAUGUAAAAAAACUUGAGUAACAUGCCAACUAAAAAAAGCCCUUUCAUGGCUUUGGAUUUUAAUCUCUUUACUCUCCAUCAUGGAAGUCUUUAAACUCCUGCAACUUUCCUUCAAGUUCCUUAAAAUUGAAACAGGUUAGUAACAGACAGUGACAACAAAAGGCAAAGUUCUCUGUGAAGUACACGUCCUUCACUGUGUUGGUCGUACCACUUAGAGUAUCGUGCAUGAUUUUGUGACUUUUUUUUUUCUCUCCAGUGGAAUUGAGCUCAGUUUAUAUUGUACUGUAUUUGAGAGUUAGUUUGCCUCUGCAUGCAUCUGUCCAUCAGUACUGUAUAUUGGGACCUUCAGGCAAGAGCUCUCAAGCCUUUUAUUUUUUGCUUUGCUGGCAUGUUUUGCUGUUUUUAUCGGAUGUUAUAAAUAUUUAAUGAGGGAUGCCAAAAUAACCCUUAAAAAUGAGAAAAGGAUAAAUCCUUUUACUUGACUUCAGACUGUAAAAGGCUAUCUAUUCCUUUUCAAGUGGCAAUAUCUAAUACAAGGAUAAGGGGGAGCUGGAGUCUAGCUAAGCAAGCAGUGGAUGCCAGUCCAUCGCAGGGCAGACAGACGCACAUACAGUCACACUAGAGCCAAGUAACCUACUGUACCACUAUUUGGACUGUGAAGAAGCCGGAGAACCUGAAAGAAAUACCGUGACUCAUGAGGACAGCAGCCCAGGAAUUGAAAACCAGCACCCCAGUGCUGUGAGGCAGCAAUACUAACCCUUGCACCACAGUAUCGGUAAAGAUUAUGAUCUCAGCCUGCCAUACUUGAGGUAAAAUUGGAAAAGAAAACAUGCUCUCACUUAAGGUAUAUUCUGAACUUUCAUUUGCUAUUUUUAAUGUCUUUGGGCAAUUUAUGUAUAUGGUUUAUAACCCUUACACAGAAGCUUUGGCCUGGCUAGAAGCCACCUAGACUACAGCAGAGUUCGUGUACUAUUGCGACGUUUACCAGCUGUCAUGUGAUGACUGCCACAUGGGUUGUGCUAGAUGUGUUCAAUUAAAUGCAAAGAGUUUAAGUUAUGAGCUGAUCACAGCUUUUGGGAAAAGCAUUGUUCAAUCAGACAUUACAAAGGUGUUGGCAAGAAGUUAGUGUUGUUACUGGACUUUCUUGUGCUGCUAGCGCAGUAAAAUGUUUUGAAAAUGUCAGUUUGAAAUGCUCUAAUUCCCUGUUGUGCAAAAGACUCCGCCGUGGCUGACUAAUGGUGGCAGGUGUCCCUGUACCAGACAAGCUGACCCAGCUCUUUGCUUCCUUCCUGUGAUAUUUUAAUAAACCAGCAGCAAGGGCAAUGCAGCACAUACAUUUUAUUCAAAUGGAAAAAGAGGGCAGUAGCAGCUCUGUUUCCUGCCUCUUUUGAUGCUCUUGCUACAUGGUCUCGUCUCAUUUCUUUGCCAAUUACAGGAUAAAGGUUGUUAAUGAUUUUUUUUAGAAUUUAGUUUUCAAUGAAAUGUGCUCUCCUUAAUUUGUAACCUGAUCUAGAUCUGAGCCAGGAUCUCAUUAAUACCUCCACCAUAAAUUGAUUUUAAAAUCAAAGCUCUCAAAGUUGCAAAGCAUGGGGCAUCUGGUAUAGUACUGCAUUCUUAAAGGAAUAUCAUUUCCUUUACCUUUUCAAAUGUUGGCUAUGGCUAUGAAGAGGUGAAAAAAAAAACAGCUCUUGUAAAUCUUAUUUCAGCUUCUUAUGAAAAAGACAUCUUUGGGCAGUGUGGUUACCCUUCUUGUAUGCUGCUGCAUAUUGUCAAGGAUACUGGAGCCCACGCUGCACAAACCCUUUUCUUCUUAUACUUACCUUCAUUCUUCACAUUUUAGAUUCUUGAGCUGUGAUGCUGGAACAUGCAAAAACCAGAUUCACCUUUGACCUGAUGUGCCUGAUCUUUUGUCAUUCAUGCUUCACUAAGGAAGGUCUCUGUAUCAACAACUCAAUAAACAGAAACUCCACUAUUUCAGUGUUAUUUUAAAAUGUUGGAAAUAAGAAAGCAGGAGUUAGGGAACAAAUAGGACCAGAAGAGAGUUUUAAAAAUGACAAAGAUACAUCAGCCACACAUGCACUUCAGGCUUCAAGCUCCAAAUCUCUGCCUUGUCCCACCAUGAACUCUGUUCAGGCUCAACAGGCUAUGCUGCUGUGUCAUUCUAGCAGGGAUGUACUGUACAGGAUUAUAGGCACAAAACCUGCAAUGACAAUUUUGUUCACGUGAUAGAUUUAAAAAAUGGUGUAUAUUUUAUAAUAAAGUCUCAGUGUAAAAUUUUAUGAUUGAGAAUUUGUUUAAAAUGUUAAUAAAGAUGGUUCUUUUUAAUUUUUUAUUUACAAAUAAAAUAUUUUUGUGGCUGUUUCUUAUCUCUCUUGGCUGUUCCUCAUCAGGAGUUAGGUAACACCCCUGUACCUACAGUAUCUUUCUGGUUCUGUUGCCAACCAAGAAUACAUUUUCUCAUACACCCAACACUAAAUUUUAAGAAGCCCCUCUUUAACUACAACUAGAAAAAGCAAUCUGGAGAAGCAAUGUACUCUAGCAUGUUUGGAGAUACAGUAUCUGCAUCUAUUCCUGUAGGUUCACCAAGAUAGCUCAGCAAGGGAAUCUCUUCACAAAUGAGCCAUGAUGGUCAGAUGGGGAAAAUGCCUCACUCACGAGCUAUUCACUCGCUUAACACAUUUCAAUGGAGUUAGAAACAAAGGUUCUGGAGAGAUGAUAGUGAUUUCUGCACAUAAAAAGUUGAUAGAUACUACAUAAUCACCUUCUCUUCCUGCCAUUUAUCUUUUGCAUCCCUCCUCUAUCCCAUCUCCAGCUGUACAUGUGACCCCUUGGUCCUCUCUCAGCAUGGUCCAAGCCCCCUCCUCUUCUAGCCAGGAGGAUGGCCCUCAGCCAAGCGAGAUAAACCAAAUUUGCUUUGAAUAAAACACUACAAUCUUUUGUUUGCCUCAUCACAAGGUGUGCAAAUAACCUUAAACCUUCUACAACCUUGCCAUUAACCUCAUUGAAGAACUUCUCACAGCAGAAGACAUGAACAUUUGAUUUUCAAAAAAACUUGUACUGUAACUAGCCACCCUUGUCCCCACAAAUCAAGCCCACUUUCCCCUAAAAUCAAAAUUCUUAGUUAAAAAAUCCUUUCGGCAUUUGCCUUCAUCAAAA